UCAUGGCUCACCAGCUAGAAAGUAUUCUUGCCGUGAAAACGAGGAUGUGAUAAGUUAUUCAACUUAUGAAAUUCAAGUUACGUGUGAAUUCUGCCAGGCAAUACAAGGACCUGUGGAAUAUGAGUGAUGACAAACCCUUUCUAUGCACUGCCCCUGGAUGUGGCCAGCGUUUUACCAACGAGGAUCAUUUGGCUGUCCAUAAACAUAAACAUGAGAUGACACUGAAAUUUGGUCCAGCACGUAAUGACAGUGUCAUUGUGGCUGAUCAGACCCCAACACCAACAAGAUUCUUGAAAAACUGUGAAGAAGUGGGUUUGUUUAAUGAGUUGGCAAGUCCAUUUGAGAAUGAAUUCAAGAAAGCAUCAGAAGAUGACAUUAAAAAAAUGCCUCUAGAUUUAUCCCCACUUGCCACACCCAUCAUAAGAAACAAAAUUGAGGAGCCUUCUGUUGUUGAAACAACUCACCAGGAUAGUCCUUUACCUCACCCUGAGUCCACUACCAGUGAUGAAAAGGAAGUACCAUUGGCACAAACUGCACAGCCCACAUCAGCUAUUGUCCGGCCAGCAUCAUUACAGGUCCCCAAUGUGCUGCUUACAAGUUCUGAUUCCAGUGUAAUUAUUCAGCAGGCAGUACCCUCACCAACCUCAAGUACUGUAAUCACCCAGGCACCAUCCUCCAAUAGGCCAAUUGUCCCUGUACCGGGCCCAUUUCCUCUUCUGUUACAUCUUCCAAAUGGACAAACCAUGCCUGUUGCUAUCCCUGCAUCAAUUACAAGUUCUAAUGUGCAUGUACCUGCCGCAGUUCCACUUGUUCGACCAGUCACCAUGGUGCCUAGUGUUCCAGGAAUCCCAGGCCCUUCCUCCCCUCAACCAGUUCAAUCAGAAGCAAAAAUGAGAUUGAAAGCUGCUUUGACCCAGCAACAUCCUCCAGUUACCAAUGGAGAUACUGUCAAGGGUCAUGGUAGCGGGUUGGUUAGGACUCAAUCAGAGGAAUCCCGACCACAAUCAUUGCAGCAACCAGCCACAUCUACUACAGAAACUCCGGCUUCUCCAGCUCACACAACUCCACAGACCCAGAAUACAAGUGGCCGUCGAAGAAGAGCAGCUAAUGAAGAUCCUGAUGAGAAAAGGAGGAAGUUUUUAGAGAGAAAUCGAGCAGCAGCUUCAAGAUGCCGACAAAAAAGAAAAGUCUGGGUUCAGUCUUUAGAAAAGAAAGCAGAAGACUUGAGUUCAUUAAAUGGUCAACUGCAGAGUGAAGUCACCCUGCUGAGAAAUGAAGUGGCACAGCUGAAACAGCUUCUUCUGGCUCAUAAAGAUUGCCCUGUAACCGCCAUGCAGAAGAAAUCUGGCUACCCUACUGCUGAUAAAGAUGACAGUUCCGAAGACCUUUCUGUGCCGAGUAGUCCACAUGCUGAAGCUAUCCAGCAUAGUUCUGUCAGCACAUCUAAUGGGGUCAGUUCAACAUCCAAGGCAGAAGCUGUGGCAACUUCAGUUCUCACCCAGAUGGCGGACCAGAGUACAGAGCCUGCGCUUUCACAGCUUGUCCUGGCUCCUCCUUCCCAGUCCCAGCCCUCAGGAAGCUGAUUAGAAAACUUCAGCGCAUCCGCUUUAGAUUCUCAUUGGUGACUUCGAAGGGAAAUCAAAGAAAGACCAGUUUCCAUUUAUGUGAAAUCUGUGCUUGUAAAAAAAAUUUUUUUUUUUUUACUUGAAAUUAAAUUCGGCUCUAAAGUUGAUGUAGCAACUGAGUUGAUGCUCAGACUGAACAACAGAUUUUUAAUUUUAGUCUCUGGAAAAAGACUGGUUUUGCUUUUUUUUAUAAAUAUUGUUAGAUUUAUUAAUUUUUCUGUGCUCAAUGUGUAAAUUGUAUUAUAAUUCAUUGUGGUUUGUUUCACUUUUAAUUUGGUGGCAUUUUAAUAAAUGGGGGUGUUACUG